AUGACAUAUCUAUAUCUAACUCCAAGUCGCGAAAAUGUCAGUUCACUCCAGGAGAGCGAGCAGCGCUCCGUUGCACCCACUGAGGGCAGCUUUUUGAUUCCCCUCUUCGCUGAUGAGCCGAGAUUGGCUCACGAGAGAAUAAAGGUGACCUGGUCUUCGCCCCAUGACCCCGAGAACCCAUUGAACUGGAGCCAUGGGCGGAAAUGGUCAGCCACUCUGCUGGUCUCGUGCUUCACCUUUAUCUCGCCUGUAUCGUCGACAAUGGUCGCACCGGCCCUGCCUGAGAUCGCCGACGAAUUCAAUAUCAGAUCCGAUAUUGAACGUUACCUGGUCAUGUCUAUUUUCCUGCUUGCCUAUGCGGUGGGACCCUUCAUCCUUGCACCGCUGUCAGAGAUGUAUGGAAGGGUCGUGAUACUGCAGUCAGCCAAUAUGGUUUACUUGAUCUUCAACACGGUCUGUGGCUUUGCCACAUCACGCGAGCAGAUGCUUGCUUUUCGGUUCCUGAGCGGUCUCGGUGGGAGCGCACCCCAAGCGAUCGGUGGCGGUGUAUUGAGCGACUGUUGGAGGAAGAACGAGCGAGGAGCAGCCAGCGCCGUGUACGCCGUGAUGCCAUUCAUUGGACCAGCCGUGGGCCCAAUCGCCGGUGGUUACCUGACGCAAUACAUGUCCUGGCGGUGGAUCUUCUGGGUUGUCUCCAUGGCCGACGCACUGGUCCAGAUCCUGGCCUUCCUCUUCCUCCGCGAAACAUACGCGCCCAAGAUCCUGAUGACGAGGAAAAAGAGGCUGGAGCGUGAAACCGGGAAUUCAUUGCUGUAUACAGAGUAUGACGAGCCGGAUCGCACUUUUCCCCAGCUCCUAAGGAAGAAUCUCAUCCGGCCAUUCCGAAUGCUGUUCACUCAGCCCGCCAUCCAGGCAAUCGCACUUUACCGAGGGUAUCAAUACGGGCUGAUGUAUCUAGUACUUGCUUCUUUCCCAACUGUCUGGGAGGGGAGGUACGAUCAAGAAAAAGGAAUCGCCAGCUUGAACUACCUCUCCCUUGGAGUCGGGUUCGUUCUUGGACUGCAGUUCUGCGGCCGGCUCAUUGACUAUGUUUACGAGCGUCUCUCCAAAUACUACGGCGAUACCGGGCGUCCCGAGUACCGCGUACCUUUGAUGAUCCCUGGAGGUCUGAUAGUCCCAAUCGGCCUCUUCGUCUACGGUUGGACAGCAGAGUACAAAACACACUGGAUCGUCCCCAACAUUGGGGCUGCAUUAUUCGCGAUUGGGCUCAUCGUCUGCUUCCAGUGCUGUCAGACUUAUGUGAUCGACGCCUACACUCGGUACGCAGCAAGUGCCACGGGCGUCACGGCGUUUGUUCGGACGAUGGCGGGCUUCGGCUUCCCCCUCUUUGCAGAUGGGCUGUACCGGGCAUUAGGACUGGGAUGGGGCAAUAGCCUCUUGGGUUUUGUGAGCCUGGGCAUGGGCCUCGUGGCUCCAGUGCUACUUUGGUUCUGGGGAGAGUGGAUGCGGGCCAAGAGCCCCUACUGUGCUGGAGACGAGACGAGUCGGCUCUGA